AUCCAGAGGUCCGUGCGCCAGGCAGCAGUCAUUGCAACAUCCUCUCAUCAACGAGCCAACGAAGGGCUCACUCAACACGCCCGACCCGCUUUCAAAUCUUCCUUCCUCUUUCCCCCCAAAGUCUCUUCUCUAAGACUUGACCGUCCACGCCUUGUCCCUCUCGACUGCCUUUGCGUCCUGUCUCUGCAAAGGACUUCGCGGUCUCGUCCCUUCAAACCUCCCCUCCUCCCACUCUCCCCACACCUGGCAAACGCUGCCAACAGUCAAUCAUCGCUUGAUUCUCGUCAGCUUCUGAGCUCUUGUGCGAUCGUCCGCUGCGCAUACUUACUUCCCUCGUUCGGUGAGACGUCUCUCCACUCGGAUCCGACCGAGGGAUCGAGCUUCCAACUCCGCCUCGCGACCAUAUCAAUCCCUUGGCACAUUCCGACAGCAACAGACACCUUGGGUCUUGAACUGCUAUUGACCAGUCUCGCUUCAAUUUGCCAAUUGCUGCAACAAAGAUCAAGACUGGCACACUCUGACUUCGAUCAUGGCGUCUACUUCUGUGCAUCCCCGCCGUCGGCCUCAAAAGUCGCUGGGCACCACCUCUAUCCACGCAAUGUCACUCCGCAAAUCUACAACCUUUAAUGCCCGCCAUCACCAGGACGAGAGCCCCGUCGAGCAGUCUCGCUACAUGCCACGCCGCUCUCAAACCUGUACCAAGACUUUAGAGGAACUCCUCCCACAAGAACCAAACUCUACUUCAUCCCGUCAAGCCCACGUCGCCAAGUUGCUGCAGGAUUUCGACGAUAAGAUCAACGGUCGAAAGCCGGCUGGUGGAGACGGAAGCAUUUUAAAAGAGGAGGAAGUUUUGGCCGUUCCCACGUUCCUGCUCAACUCGGCCAUUGUCCCGGAUUUGAUGGACGUUGAUCAGAAACACUUGUCAGCAGACCAUCAGCACGAAUCGGAUUCUGGGCUCGGUUCAAGCGUGUCGAGCUCAAAAGAGGACCCCGCUCAUCGUUCAACUCGCACCGCUCAGUCAAUCUCUACCACCCGUUCGGCUGUCACGCGUUCAGCGUCCACAAUCGACGCCCAAUACCCACGCGCGGAGCACUUUCUCAGUAAAGAAGCUGAGCGACAGAUUCGCAAGCACAUUAUCAAACCAAUUCUUGCCGAAGACUCUCUCAAGGAUUUCCAUCCCCUUAUUGAGGACAUUCCACGUCGCAUUGGUGCCAAGUUCAUAACCAAUCUUCGUGAUCUCGAAAAGACCUUGUUCUUCCUCGCUCCUGACUUCGCGCCUUCACCGCAAUCGUUUUUGAAAUUCUGCGAAACGUCGAUCGAGUGCCUGCACACGACUGUCGACUAUAUUUCCGAGCGCGAUCAACGAAGGGAUACCGACAGGCCUUACACUAACAAUUAUUUCCUUGAUUUGGUUGAACAGAUCCGCAGAUACGCCGAAAUCAUGGCCAAGACACGAGAGAAGCAAGCAUCCGGUCAAGAGCUGGAUGAAAUGGACUACUCCCCUGAUGAGGAGAUCGCCAUCGAAGGCGGCCUGAGCAAGAACGGCAGACCUGCCGAACUUGUUCGCAAGACGAAGGAUGGGAAAGUGAUUCCCCUCUCCGAUCACAGUGCCCUCAAUGAGGGUAGCCCGUCGACCUUCAAGCGUCAUUUGACUGACGACGAAGAUAUGGAUGAUGAUGUUUAUCGCUCCAUGGCACGCCGCCGCAAGUCCGACAAGCCUGGAGAUGUCAUGCAUUCCUGUCGCUCCUGUGACAAGGAGUUCAAACGUCCCUGCGACCUUACCAAGCAUGAGAAGACUCACUCGCGUCCCUGGAAGUGCCACGAGCCCAAUUGCAAGUACCAUGAGUUUGGCUGGCCGACUGAGAAAGAGCGCGACCGACACGUCAAUGACAAGCACAACGCUGCCCCCCAAAUGUACAAGUGCCGUUUUCCUCCUUGUACUUACUCCUCUAAACGUGAGUCAAACUGCAAGCAACACAUGGAGAAGGCGCAUGGUUGGACCUAUGUUCGCUCCAAAUCCAAUGGCCGCACCAAGAAGCCGGUGGCCAGCUCGGUGAACCAAUCACCAAUGGAGUCAGUCCCUUCUUUUAUUGCCACUCCGUCCUCUGCGGUAAACCAUUUGACCUCUCCUGAGAGCAACUUCGUCCCUUCGCCUUCUGUGCCCGUCAACCACAACUUCAGCUUUAGCAACUUCGGUUACACACCUGGUCCCUCGUCAUCGGAAGACCUGUUUGAUUUCAGCAACAUGCGUCGGCAGUCCGUUGCUACAACCGGCUCUGGAGUAACCUUCUCUUCCGGUUCAAACUUCUCGCCUGCGCAACAACAUGUGAAUUCCGCUUUCGAAGACGCGUUGUCACCAGAUAACCUUACUUUCGAUCAAGGACUCUUUGGUGCAGACGCGAAUAUCGCAGAUAGUUUCCCAAUGCCUAUGCAACAGCCAACACCUGCUAUGAGUGUCAAUCACGAUUAUUCAAGUUUGUCAGGUACCCAGCACUUGUCUCCGGCUGGUCAUGCCAACAUGACUCUUUUCACGCCUCAAAUGGACACUAUGCAUUUUGACGAGGCUCUUGGUGAUGAGAUGGGCUUUGGUCAAGACUUUACUCUAUUCGACGCGACUUGCUCAAGCAACAUGGCCAUUGCCUCCGGUAACUUAUAUCCAGAGAUGGGCACGAUCGGAGGUCAAUUCGGCGAUUUCAGUUUCCCGAAUGCAAAUAACUUCGAUGAUGUCUUUAGUGGUCAACAGAACUAGGACGCUUCAGGAAUUAUGCUCGUGAGUAGUGUGAGCUCGGUUCUUGCAUCUCACUAUUGGUUCUCCCCUCCCCAUUGGUUGAGUGGUUGAGAUGGUUUUUUUAUUCUGAAUGUAAUGUUACGCAGGUAUGAUUUUGAAUGAUGCUUCUUUUCAAAGGCGACAUUGGAGUCGAAUGGAUAGGACAUAGCCUGCGUGUGUUCUUUCUCUUGUCGACACAUAUUGUGUCGAGGCUUAGGAGGAAGAGAGUGGAUGUAAGACUGCAAAGACAUUUAAGCAGAAGCUCAGGAAAUAAACAUCAUCUAUCUUGAAAUCUUUGUUCAUUUGCUUGACAACGUUACCAGAAGUUAUCAACGUCGACUGGUUUGACUCGAUCAAAUCUGUUCCCGUGAUCAUAUCUAUGGUGUAGUACUUGGAAAGGCUAGAGCAGGCUCAUCGCAAACAAUCCAAUUUGAGACACUGUCAUGGAC